UGAAGAGCUAAUAUUAAUUCUCUUUAUUGAAUGAGAAAUUAUAUUGAAAGCACUACUAAAUGAACCAGAUGGACUCUUGUUUCAAGGAUGUAAACGGCCAAGAACCUAAAGAGAGCACAGCUAUAGUACUCUGUUCGACAAAGCAUCUGCUGUGAGCCACGUGUCACUAACAUUUUUCUCUGAGCGUUAAGGGAGCCAUCUGGUUAUUUACAAGGUUAACUUAAUUCUAUUAGGACUGUCUCUUAUUACAGCUAGACUAUAGGUUAGUUGUGUCAGGAUUAGUGUUCUAACAUUAAGGUCUGUGAUAUCUGUGUGUAGAGAAUGUUUGAUGGAGAGAGAUCAAAAUUAAUAUUGGGGAUGAGGGAAGAGAAGAGACAACUUACUAUACUUCUGAAAUUAUUAGUUCAGCCUUCCAGUACCUUGUCCAGAAUAGUCGGAUUGCCUUUAGCAGUUGUCUUCUCUGCUUAGUGUUCUGCAAUUGAAAUAUCGUUUCCGUUAUGAAAAUUAUGAUACUUGACAGAAACUUUGCACUGCAAUAUGCUCUUUCUGGUAGAGGAAAAAAAUUUCUUUUCUUUUUCACCUGUAACAUGAGAAAUGGAGAAAACAAUCUUCUUAGUGACUUGUAAGAAUGCUUUAAAUCAAGUCUUAAAUAUACUUUUUUAAUGUUUGUUGUUCUGCUCCUUUUUUCUUCCAAUUAAUGAUCCCACAGAAUUGACAGUCCGACUGUGUACCUGGUUAUUGAUUGUAUGAAUGCCAAGUAACAAGGGUAUGACCUUUCCUCAUCUGAUGUGGCAGCUCUGUGUGUAACCUUCAGUGCUUUUCUUGUGAGGUCCCUCAUGACCUGUGCCGUGGGUGGGGUUUUUUUAUUUGUUUCUUUUCUAAAAGCCCGAUGUACUUGAUCCUUUAUCAGCUACGCAAGGUAUGAAAAGGGAUCAAUUUCUACAGUUUCCAUCUCAUGUUAAGAGAAGAGGAAAAUUACACCAAAACUAAAAUGGGAAGUAGGUGAAGGAAUUUCACCUACUGGAAAUACCAGCUGGAUUUCUGAUAUUACAGAGAAACUAACCCAAGCGCUGACGGUGCCUUGUGAUUAUUUGUCCUCACGUAUACCGUAUUUUUUAUUUAUCUUACUUACAAGAGUGCGCUCUGUUAGAUUCAAGUGGCAAGUAAAGGCCUUGCCCAAAAUCCUUUGGAGGAUACGGGCUCCAUAAGGAAUUUCUCUUCCGUGCUGUGCACAAUUUUCCAGCGUGUUAGGUGCUUAACAAUCCAAGCACUGACCCUGCCUAGCGUAUGAGAGCUCAUGGAAUGGUAAUACACUGUGAUAUUUAUAACACACCUAUGCAAAACCCAGCUCCCAAUUAGAUAAGUGCAUUGUAGUCAACUAUUUCCUCUUCAGUCCGUCACAGUGACAGUAGCUACAGUUCAAAGAAUGACUGCCUUGAUUCAUCUACAGUUUCAUCUUUUUUGUUGCAAUAUUCUGUUCAAUCAGUGGUACCAGAAGUUUAACUUCCUCCAGACUUUUUUCUUUCAUCUCUGUCAGGAGUAUAGCCAGGUAAUUAACAAAAGCAUGUUUGUUUAAAGCUCUUAUCCAAGUUAUUGAAAGAAUUGAUUGCUUCCUGUGAAGUAGCUGGAUAUGUCUGACAGUAUUCUAAAGAAAUUUGCUCUUGCAGUGCUCAGAGAGAUGUUUUGAGUGAAUACUUAAAUAAACAUCAAUCUGUGUCAUCCUCUCUUCCUCCUUAAUUGCUGCUGCAGAUGACUGUAUAUGUAAUUGUUGUAAACAAUCUUUCCUUCCUCUUAGGAUGAUGUGAGGCAGAAAGUGCACCUGAAUACCUUUGGCUUCUUCAAGGAUGGUUUCAUGAAAGUCAAUGUCAGCAACCUUUCACUGAAGCCACCUGUAGGCUCUGAUGAGAAGAGUAACUCAGCAGUCGGGUUCAGUUUGGAUCGAACAAGGAAUGAUGGGUUCUCCACUUACCUGGAUGAAGAAGUGGAUUAUUGUAUUUUGAAAAAGAAACCAGAGCAAGAUGUUUCAAUUGUAAUCUUACUUCUGGACUUCAAAAAUGGAGUUGUGAAAGUACGGUUCUCUGCAGAAGCUGCUGCCCUGUUACCUAAAAUUUCAUUCGUGUCUGAGGAAAAUGUUACUGCCUUGAUUACCAAGGCUCCAAAAACUUCCGAACAGAGCAGUCGUUCUAGCAAAACUCCUGUUGAGACCAAACAAAAUCCAGCCAGCAAAGAAAAGAAGUCCAAAAGAAGUACAACAUCCUCUCAGAGCAUAGUAGAACAAGCACAUCCUGUUCACAAUGACAGAGGAACUUUUUCGUUUCAGUUUUUUUUUAACAUCAGUUCUGAUAACCAAGAAGGUCUCUACAGCCUGUAUUUCCAUAAAUGUGUUGGCAGUGAUGGGCAGACUAAUGAUCAGCAGCUAUUUAGUCUUGAUAUAGAAAUUACGGAAAAGAAUCCUGAAAGCUACCUCUCAGCGGGCGAGAUCCCACUGCCAAAACUUUACAUUUCUAUGGCUCUCUUCUUUUUCCUGUCUGGGACUGUGUGGAUCCACAUACUUCGAAAACGCAGAAACGAUGUGUUUAAGAUUCACUGGCUAAUGGCAGCCCUCCCUUUCACAAAAUCUCUGUCCUUAGUGUUCCAUGCGAUCGACUAUCACUACAUUUCUUCUCAGGGAUUUCCUAUUGAAGGCUGGGCUGUUGUUUAUUACAUCACUCACCUACUGAAGGGUGCUCUUCUGUUCAUUACUAUUGCUCUCAUUGGCACAGGCUGGGCUUUCAUUAAACACAUCCUUUCAGAUAAAGACAAAAAAAUUUUCAUGAUUGUCAUCCCGCUUCAGGUACUGGCAAAUGUGGCAUACAUUAUCAUAGAGUCGACAGAAGAGGGAACAACCGAAUAUGGACUGUGGAAAGAAAUUCUUUUCCUGGUAGACUUACUGUGUUGUGGAGCCAUUCUGUUUCCAGUGGUAUGGUCCAUAAGACACUUACAGGAGGCUUCAGCAACAGAUGGAAAAGCUGCCAUUAACCUAGCAAAGCUGAAGCUUUUCAGACAUUACUAUGUUAUGAUUGUGUGUUACAUUUACUUCACACGGAUCAUUGCAAUUCUCAUAAAGAUUGCUGUUCCAUUCCAGUGGAAAUGGCUGUACCAGUUGCUAGAUGAAAUGGCCACACUUGUGUUCUUUGUCCUCACCGGGUACAAGUUUCGUCCAGCAUCAGACAACCCUUAUCUACAGCUCUCUCAAGAUGAUGAGGAUGAUUUGGAGAUGGAAGCUGUGUAA